AUGCCUGCUCCCAAUUUACAAUCCACGGCAAUAUUAACGGAGCAUCUAGAGUAUCCUCCGAUAUCGUUGUUAGAUGAAAUAAUAAAUAAUGUGAAUGAUAUUAUGUACAAAUGCACGGCAGCAAUGGAGAAAUAUUUAUUAAGGAAAAGUAAUAUUGAAGGUAUAGAUUAUUCUGAGGAGAUACGAGUAGGUAUUGCUAAAUUGGAGACUUUACUAGAACAUACUGUUGAUAAAAAUUUUGAUAAACUUGAAUUAUAUGUAUUAAGAAAUGUAUUGAUGAUUCCACAGGAAUUAUUAGAAUCUAAUGUAUUUUUAUUAAAACAUCAAAGUGGGUUGGAUAUUGAUUGGUUGUCUCAUGAUAAAGAUAUUUCUAAUGAUCCGGAGUUAUUCAAAGAGAAAAUGAUAGAAUUUGAAACGAAAUUGUUAAGAAAUCAAUUAUUACGAGAUCGAAUUAAACAAGUGAAACGAUUACAAACAGAAGUUAAAAAAUUUAAAUUGUUCAUUGAAAAAUCAUUAAAUGAAUUAAUUAAUAAUAACGAUGAAGGUAUUAAUAAUAAUGUUCCAUUCAAAGACAUGUUUCAGUCAUUACGACCUAUUGAUGAUUCAAUGGGAUUUUUAAUAUCACAAUUGAAACAAUUAUAUACUGAAAGUGAAGAUAAUUGUUCAACCCAAUUGGUUCAAUCGGUACUCGAUGAUAAUAAAAGUAAAAAUUCCAAUUCAAUUGGUGAUAAAAAUCAUAAGACUUUAUUGUCACGAGCACAAUAUAUUGAAACUGUCGCAAAUAGUGUUCUGGAGUCACGUUCAAAUGUGUCCAAAACUAAUGACCGUCAAAUUUUUACAAAUAAUAAUAUUAAUAACAUUCAAAUUGAAGAUCCAGAUUUAAGUUUAUUUAACGAAUUGUAA